ACAGCAAAAAUACUUAUCUCUAAGAUAUGGAUUUACGUAACAAGAAUACCAGUAUAUACGCACUGAGAGAUACAAAGGCUACUCUUUUCGAUACGUAUCUACCGAGAGUAAAUUCUCCUCUCAGGAUACACCAACGUGUAGGACAGUUGAGGAUAACGAGUGACUUGUUACAGCCGAUGUCUCCGCAAAGAAAGAUUCCGGUGGUCGACCUGGGCCAGCUGGGUUUGGGGUGGGACAAAGAGGCCAGCCAGGAAGAAUUGCAGAGGGUGGCGAGGCAGCUACAUGAAGCCUUCACGGAUAUUGGAUGUGCUUACUUAACCAACCAUGGCGUUCCCGACGACCUGGUGAGUCGUGUCUUCAAUUCCGGGUCUGCCUUCUUCCGCCUGGACCAGAGCCAGAAGGAUCGCUACGCUAAGAAUGUCAAGACUCACGAGGGAUAUAUAGCUUCUAGCAAGGAGAAUUUCACUAGCCUAGUGGAGUUGCACGAAACAUACAACAUAAAGUCGGCCGAGGCUGUCUUUCCUGAUGCGGAGGUACCAUCCUUCAGACCUUCUGUGGCUUCCAUCCUCAAGUCGUGCAGGAAACUCUCCAUCCGCAUUAUGAGGGUCAUAGCCAUCGCUCUAGACUGUAGACUCAAAAUACAAAAGGUACAAGAUUUAACAAGACCUUUGAAUCUGGCCGUAAAGUAUCUAUGGAUUACUGAACUGACCAAGAAUAUAAAUAUCAAAAGAGUCUUUCAAAGUAAUGAGGAACAAAUUGAGUCAGCUCUGUAGUCCAAUUCUCAAAACCAUUCAACUGUACACCGUAAGAGCCAAUAUACGAUCAGUUGUCAGGGCUAGAGCUGGGAGCAGACUGACUACUUGCCAGUCUGUUGACGUGUCGUCAGGUUGGAUCAGCUGAGCCACGUCAGCCAGCCGGACAUAAACAACUGAACAAUUCACCGGAUG